AGCAAGACAACUCAAGAUAUGCACCCAAAACUUCCGUCGACCUCCCUAAUACCUCACGUGAUCAAGAACUACAAGAAUCCUCAUCUUCUUUUUGCACCGUCACUUCCUACGCGUCAUUCUCUUCAUAUGCCACAUCAGGCUCUGCACCUGCUGCUCUAGAGACUAGAAAUGCGCCAAGCUCGCUUUACGGCUGCAACCAAGCACCAGAUCCUAAUCUUCAUCCUAUGUGGACAGUUCCUAUGGUCACGGUCACCGCUGCCUCACCAACCUGCUCCUCCACCUCGCACUAAAGAAAUCUCUCCGAUGCUUCACAAACCUCACGUACAACCCUCUUCCCUGGCUGUUCCCAUCCCCGUCCCUGUCUCCAUCCCUACCUCGAGAUCCACGGCUCGCUUGAAGCGCCCACGCCCACGCCCACAGACGGCACCAGCUUCACCCAUCGCACCGCAUUCUCCAACUCCUCCGACUUCGAAAUCACCGCGGGCUGUCGGUGCGCUAUCAGGGUUCAAAUCUAUAUUCCGCAGUCUCCUUGGUCGUACAGCCUAAUACCAUUAGGGGUCAUCUUUGAUUUCGGCAAGAAGGUUUGAUGCUGAGCGCUGAUCCUCCAGUGUAUUGCUAUCUAAAAAUACGCCUGCGCCCGUUUCAUGUGGACGCAAUUAGCGAGAU